AUGGCUGAGAUUUACAGGGAGUUUCUUGAUGCAGCUUCCAGCAGUGCUUGUCUAAAGAAGGCUGGAACAAACACAACGAAGAUGCUGGAAUGCUUGGGAGUUGUCACCUUUUUUGGUGCAAUUGGCGCAGAGGAGACUCAAAAGGGAAUGAAGGUUAUUUGGGACUUCUUGAUAAGUUUCAAACCUGAAUCCGGUAGUGAUGAUGUGAUUAACCGAAAGAAGCAGUCACAGGAGAUCCUAGUUGCUGCAAUAUAUUCUUGGUGCUUUCUUCUUACUAGCACGGAUGGAUGGCGACUGAACCAAAAUUGGAGAGGUGCAAUUUCCUUCUUCAUGGACAUCUUGGACAACAAUGAUGAAGUAUUAGUUCAAGGGGCAGCAUGUGCAGCACUAGCAUUGAUUUUCGAGACUGAUGCUCUUGACAAAUUCUGGGACAGAGCAAAUGAUACAACCUUGCCAUAUUCGCAGUUGCGAGAAACAUUCAGGGAGAUGAUUUUGAAGAAAGUGAGCAGUCUUAACAUGAACACAAAUAUUGUGGAGUACUUCAAGACUCUUCACUGCCCGAUAUCACGUCCAACUGUUUGUGAAAAGAAGCUGGAAUUGACAUCAUGGUAUCAGGUGAUUCAGCUGGCAUUUCUGAAGAGUUUUCUUGGGAAAGAAUUUGAGAACUUCAUGACCAAGGAAGACAAACUGCAGAGCUUUUUUGAGGUCAAUCCUAAUAGAAAUGACAUUGUGGGUGAAGAACUCUUUGUGCCUACGAUCGAAAAGAUCACUGUAAAUAUAGUCAUACCUGAAAGAAGAGAUCCACAGACAAUGACAGCAGAGCAAAGGAAGAAGGAAAGAGUUUUGAGGACUUCCAUUCAGGGAAAGGCGAAGACACAACUAAGGACCAAACAUAGGCUACUGUCAGAGGAAUUGAACUGCUUUGAUUAA